AUGUUCGGGUGCUGCAAGAAGAAGAAAACGAACAAGUCGCUGGAUGAACUCAAGAAAGAUAUCGUUAUCGAUGAUCAUGAGAUUCCACUCGACGCCCUUCUCAAAAGAUAUUCAUCGUCUGAAACUGCUGGAAUAUCGGAAGCUGAAGCAGCGACACGACUCAAAACGGACGGUCCGAAUGCUCUGACUCCUCCGAAACAAACGUCCAAAUGGGUUAAACUAGCUGGUUCGAUAUUCGGAGGUUUCAAUUUUCUUCUGUGGUGUGCUGCUGUUGCGUCGGCUGUUGGUUAUGGUAUGGAUCUGUCGAUGAGUGUAGAUGAAGAAGUUCCAAAAGAUAAUAUGUAUAUGGCAAUCAUCCUAGCCAGUGUGGUCACUGUAACUGGUUUCUUUGACUUUUAUCAAGAUCGGAAAAGUGGAAAUUUGAUGGACUCCUUUGCUAAUAUGAUUCCUCCGAAAACUCUUGUGGUCAGGGAUGGAACAACAAAAGAAAUUGAAGUGAAAGAUUUAGUUGUUGGAGAUUUAGUUCGUUUUAGAGGUGGAGAUCGUGUUCCAGCUGAUCUACGUGUCACUUUGGCAAGAGGAUUAAAAGUGGACAACUCGAGUUUAACAGGAGAAUCUGAACCACAGACGAGAAAUACAAAUUUCACGAGCAAAAAUCCAUUGGAAACAAAGAAUUUGUGUUUGUUCAGUACGAGUGUUCUGGAAGGAUCUGGUGAAGGGAUAAUCAUAAGAACUGGUGAUCGAACUGUUGUUGGAAGAAUUGCUGCAUUGACAACUCAAGUGGAUUCUGGACCAACUCCUCUCGCAAAAGAGAUCAAUCACUUCAUCAAAAUCAUUUCCGUCGUUGCGUUUACUGUCGGUGUUGCUUUCUUUGUUCUUGCCGUCGUUUAUGAGUAUCCACUUCUCAAGGCAAUCGUUUUCUUCAUGGGAAUUGUUGUGGCAAAUGUUCCAGAAGGAAUCGUUCCGACUGUUACUGUCAGUCUCACUCUGACUGCAGUCAAAAUGCGGAAGAAAUUUUGCUUGGUAAAAAAGCUACAAGCUGUCGAAACACUCGGAUCCACAUCUACAAUUUGUUCUGAUAAAACUGGAACACUCACUCAGAAUCGAAUGACAGUAACACAUUUAUGGUUUGAUGGACACAUCAAAGAUGCGGAACUUCUUCCACCAAAUGAACAUUUUCAUGGAGAAAAACGUUAUUUGGAAAUCGAUUCAUACCAGAAGUUGUUAAGAUGUGCCACUUUAUGCAGUCGUUCUCAUUUCAGAGUGCCCGAAUACGAUGUUCCAUUGGCUAAACGAACGGUAAAUGGAGAUGCUUCGGAAGUUGCAAUUAUGAGAUAUUGUGAAAUGAUUCGUGGCGACGGACAAGUUGAUGAAUUCAGAAAAACGAUGCCAAAAAUUGGAGAGAUUCCUUUCAACUCAACCAACAAGUACCAAUUAUCGAUCCAUCCAAUGUCAGCUAAACAAAAUAUUCUUGUGAUGAAAGGAGCUCCAGAGAAGAUUCUGAAGUUGUGUUCCUCGUAUUAUCACGAAGGACAAACGAAAAAUGUGUCGAAGAAGUUUGAAAAAGAUUUCCAAAAAGCAUACGAAACACUUGGAUCUUAUGGUGAAAGAGUUCUUGGAUUCUGUGAUCUUGAAAUGAGUACAACCAAAUAUCCACAUGGAUAUCAGUUCAAUAUGGAGGAUCCUAAUUUUCCCAUCAAAAAUCUUCGUUUCCUUGGUUUAAUUGCGAUGAUUGAUCCACCUCGUCCCGGAGUUCCAGAAGCUGUUCGUGUUUGUCAAAAUGCUGGAAUUCGAGUAGUUAUGGUCACUGGAGAUCAUCCAAUCACUGCCAGAGCAAUCGCCACUCAAGUACAUAUUAUUGAGGAGAAUGAACAAGUCACUGAAAUCGUCGCAACUGAUCCGAAAUGUGAUCCAGCUAGUGAUGAGAUUUAUGGAAAAGGAAGAUUGAAAGCAACAGGUGCCGUGGUGAUUCAUGGAGAGCAACUGAGUACAAUGUCACAGAAAACAUUAAAAACUGUGGUCACUAAUUACCAUCAGAUUGUAUUCGCUCGUACCUCUCCUGCUCAAAAACUUCAAAUCGUGGAAGCAUUCCAAUCUGUUGGAAAUGUAGUUGGUGUUACUGGAGACGGAGUGAAUGAUGCUCCGGCUCUUCGUAAAGCUGAUAUUGGAAUUGCUAUGGGAAUUGCUGGAACAGAUGUUUCAAAACAAGCGGCCGAUAUGAUUCUACUCAAUGAUAAUUUUGCUUCCAUCGUGACUGGAGUUGAAGAAGGACGUCUCAUUUUUGAUAAUCUCAAGAAAUCAAUUGCCUACACUCUGACUAGUAACAUUCCAGAAAUUACUCCAUUCAUGUCAUAUGUUCUAUUUGGUCUUCCCCUUCCAAUGUCAAUUAUUGCUAUCCUUAUGAUUGAUCUUGGAACUGAUCUUUGGCCAGCCAUUUCCUUCGCCUAUGAAGUACCUGAAAGUGAUAUUAUGCAGAGAGCUCCAAGAAACCCGAUAUACGAUAAACUAGUGAAUAAACGACUUGUCAUGUUCUCAUACAUGCAAAUCGGAGCAAUUCAAGCAUGUGCUGGAUUCACGACUUACUUUGUUUUAAUGAUGUCGAAUGGCUGGUUUCCACAGGAUUUGAUCAAUUUGAGUGAGCAAUGGGAUAACAAAUAUAUUGAUGAUUUGGAAGAUAGUUAUGGACAACAAUGGAGCUAUGAAAGUAGAAAAGCAUUGGAAUCGUGUUGUUAUGGAACAUUCUUCUUCACAAUUGUUGUCACUCAAUGGGCGGAUUUAUUUGCUUCGAAAACGAGAAAGAAUUCAUUGGUCAUGCAAGGAUUAGAAAAUCAAGUUCUCAAUACUUCUGUAAUUUUCACUUGUUUCCUGGCUACUUUCGUCCUCAACACACCGUUUGUCAAUGAGGUUUUGGGAGUUCAGGGAUUCCGUCUGGAGAUCGGAUUCCUCGCAUUGCCGUUUGCUUUUGCCAUUGGAUUGUACGAUGAAUUCAGAAGAUUUUUCAUUCGAAACUAUCCGGGCGGAUACAUUUAUAAAGAGACUUUCUAUUGA